GCAAACAAUAAAAAUAAUAAAAGUAGAUUUAACGUGUUAUAAAUAUUUUAAAAAUAUACAGAUUUUAUUUUUUUUUAAUUUAUAAAUUACACGUUGAAAUCUUCGGGAAGGACGGGACGGGGUGCUCAGGUGUUUCCUACCUGCUCCUUCAGCCCUUGAGAAAUAAGCAGAGAGGGAAAAGUCGAUUUACCUGUAGCCCGGGUUCUGGCAUCUCUCGCUCGCGCUCUGUCUUCUGUUACCUGCACCGACUUGAAAGUCCAGUUUCACAAGGAAGAACCGCGGAGGAAGAGAAAUAUGUCACAGGAGACAGACAGUAAGAGGCUGGUUGUAGUGGUUCCCAAUGAGCCGUCCUUCCACCCGCGCCGGGCCUACACUAGUGAGGACGAGGCCUGGAGGUCUUACCUGGAGAAUCCUCUUACUGCGGCCACAAAGGCCAUGAUGAGCAUCAAUGGAGACGAAGACAGUGCUGCCGCCCUGGGGCUCCUCUAUGAGUACUACAAGGUGCCCAGAGAUAAGAGAGUUUUGCCCAUCAGUAAAGCGGCUGAAAUUUCAGAGGAGCCAGAAAAGAGAAACUCUACAGUGGGAAACAGCAGUCAGAUGGAGCCGGAGACAGUGGAUAAUCGCGUCCAGGUCCUGAAAUCAGUGCCUGUAAAUCUGUCGGUCAGCACGGAUCACCAGGACACCAAACGGGAGCAGUACAGCGUGUCUGCGGGAGAGAGCGGGAACGCUGCGGUGGUGAAGGCUGAGGUGUACGCUCCUGUUUUCAUGACUUCGGGGGUUCACUACAGGACAGAAGGAGAGGAGCCGAUGCGGGUCAUCUGUGAACAGGCCCACUCGUUCGACACCUCGGCCGUGUGUCACAGUGGAUACGGGAAGGAUGACCAUCGGAGUAGCCCAGAUAGCAACUAUGAGGAAGACAGCAAUGAAAAGUAUCGGCCAUCAUCGCUUGCAGCUGAUGACUUCAUAUUUGAACAGUCGGAGAUGUUAGACACCUUCCAGUACACACUCGAGGCCAGCAGGUCUUUGCGGCAGAAGCAGGGUGAAGGGCCUAUGACCUACCUGAACAAAGGCCAGUUCUAUGCUAUUACACUGAACGAGACAAGUGCCAAUAAACGCCUCCGACAUCCCAUCAGCAAAGUAAGGAGUGUCAUCAUGGUUGUAUUCAGUGAAGAUAAGAACCGCGAUGAGCAGCUCAAGUACUGGAAGUAUUGGCACUCUCGUCAGCACACGGCAAAGCAGAGGGUUCUGGACAUCGCUGACUACAAAGAGAGCUUCAACACAAUUGGAAAUAUUGAAGAAAUCGCUUACAAUGCCGUGUCCUUCACCUGGGACGUGAAUGAGGAGGCCAAGAUCUUCAUCACGGUGAACUGUCUGAGCACAGAUUUCUCCUCUCAGAAGGGGGUGAAGGGUCUUCCUUUGAUGAUACAGAUCGACACCUACAGCUACAACAACCGCAGCAACAAACCCCUGCACAGAGCCUACUGUCAGAUCAAGGUCUUCUGUGAUAAGGGAGCAGAGAGGAAGAUCAGAGAUGAGGAGAGGAAACAGAACCGCAAGAAGACAAAAGGAAAAGAUGGAGGCGUCGGGGCGGUUUCUGUCCCGAAAAAAUGCGACGCCACCUUCUUUAAAAUGAUGACUGAUUUGGAUGCCCAGCCGGUUCUCUUCAUCCCGGAUGUGCACUUUGGGAAUUUACAGAGGGCAGGCCAGGUGUUUGCAUUUAAUACAGAGGAAAUUGAACGCGAAGGGAGUGUGCUGGUGAAGAGGAUGUUCCGGCCGUCUGAGGAUGACUUCUGUCCACCGCCCCAUAAACAGCUCAGAGAGGAGACGCAGAAGAAAGUGCUCCUGUAUGUGAGGAAGGAGUCGGAUGAGGUGUUUGACGCUCUGAUGCUGCGGACGCCCACUCUCAGAGGACUCAUGGAUGCAAUUUCAGAGAAGUACGGUGUUCCUAUUGACAGAAUGGCCAAGAUUUACAAGAAGAGCAAGAAAGGGAUCCUGGUGAACAUGGACGACAAUAUCAUCGAGCACUACUCUAACGAGGACACAUUUAUCCUAAAUAUCGAGAACUACGCAGAUGCAUACAAAAUCACAUUAACGGAAAUAUGAACACCAUCAUAUGCCUUUCUAACAUUCAGUAUGUUUAAGCUAAAAGACUUGUUACUUGGACUCCUGCCUGGUCAGAUUCAACAUCAGCUGUCCAUAAAUUGAAUUGACAUCAGCUAAGGCUGACAUACCUCAUUUUUAAUAGACCUCAAGUAUGAUUUUUAAUGGUCAAUAGGAGUUUCAGUGCAUCCCAAAAAUGUCCACAUGUGGAUGGAAAGACUUUUGCAUUUCACAUUUCACUUGAUUUUGGAGACCACCAUCAAAUUCCUGCCUGAAUUUCAACCGUUUCUUCCAAAGGGUUUCACUGGAGUGGAGUGAAAUACAUGAUCUCUUCAUCACAAUGAUCUAUAUUCAACAAAAGCAAGCGUCCAUUGGAAUUAUAAUGCUUGCAGCAAAAAUAUGAAUUUGGGACUUUUCUGUGGAGUUUAAGACUCUGCAGAGUUACUGAUCUGUGAAAAGUGUCCAAUACUGUCAAUGUUGUUUUUGUGUGUGUGUAUUAUGUUGCCAUUAAUAUUAUUGUUAACGUUAGCUUGGUAGAUAUGAUUCAGCUUCUUACUGACUUUUUUUUCUGAUGCAAAAAGAAAGCUAUUUUUAUGAGACUGUGCCAUUUCAAGUUUUUUUGUAUGCUUAAUAGAGCAAAGCAGGAAAUAUGUAUAAGUACUGUAAUGUUUAACAGUACCGAUUAUCAGAAAAUUCAUCAAACGAGGAAGUCACAGUAAGUGUAGCUCCGACACAUUUCAGUUGCAUGUUUUAAUGUGAAAUGAAUUUGAUAAAAGUUCCAUUGGUUUCAAAUGCAAAAGACCUUUUGGACAUCUGAACAUGUAUAUCUUCACAUAAACAGCGGAGGUUUUUCCCUUUUGCAUCAAAAUACGUGUCUCUCAGUUUUUGUCAUUAUUUUUGAAAUAACUACACAGUCUUAAAGCCUGGUUCAUUCAGUUGAUCAGCACUAUUUUGAACUGUUAAUGUAAUGUUUGAAAAUCAUUAUCUUCCAAAAGAAAUAAUGUAAAAGGGCACUUCAUUUGUCUGUAAAUAA